UGUCUCUGUCUCUCUCUCUCUCUCUCUCUCACAAACACUGCACACAAUGGCGUCGGACCAGUCUCUUACAACUCCUCUCUUAUCCACUCCCACUCCUUCCCACGUAAGUCUCGACGUUUCCUACUCCCACGACGAGCAAUCUAAACAUCAGCUUAACCCGUUCGCUUUUCUCGGGGCGGAUCACGAGUUCGAGGUGCCCGAAUCUAGCACCAUCGACCCGUUUAGGAACCACACACCUAGGGUAGAAGGUCUGUACGAGUGGCUAAAGAUUGUCGUUUGUCUGCCUAUUGCUUUGGCCCGGCUACUACUAUUUGGGCUGUGCUUAGUGGUGGGAUACGUGGCCACGGUUUUUGCGCUCCAUGGAUGGACGGACAAGCAGAAUCCCAUGCCAAAAUGGCGCUGCCGGGUACUGUGGGUCACCCGUUAUUGCUCCCGUUUCAUACUCUUCUCGUUCGGCUACCAUUGGAUAAAACAAAAAGGAAAACCUGCUCCAAGGGAAAUCGCUCCUAUAGUUGUAUCUAAUCAUGUAUCAUAUGUUGAACCUAUUUUCUUUUUCUAUGAAUUGUUUCCAACCAUUGUUGCCUCUGAGGCACAUGAUUCUAUGCCUUUUGUUGGUACCAUCAUCAGAGCAAUGCAGGUGAUAUAUGUUGAUAGAUUCUCACAAUCAUCCAGGAAGCAUGCUGUUAAUGAAAUAAAGAGAAAAGCUUCUUCCGAUCAGUUUCCUCGAGUGCUUUUAUUUCCUGAGGGAACGACUACCAAUGGAAGAGUUCUUAUUUCCUUCCAACUUGGUGCAUUCAUUCCUGGUUAUCCUAUCCAGCCAGUCAUUGUCCGUUAUCCUCAUGUACACUUUGACCAAUCCUGGGGUAAUAUUUCUCUGGCGAAGUUGAUGUUCAGAAUGUUCACUCAAUUCCACAAUUUCAUGGAGGUUGAAUAUCUCCCUCUUGUGCUACCACAUGAAAAUCGAAAGGAAAAUGCUGUCCAUUUUGCUCAGAGGACUAGUCGUGUUAUAGCAAGCAGUCUCAAUGUUGUACAAACAUCACAUUCGUAUGGAGAUUUGAUGCUUCUUACAAAAGCAUUAGAGUUCAAGCAGGAGAAACCCUCACAAUAUAUGGUUGAAAUGGCCUGGGUGGAAUCGGUGAGUAGCUGCUCGAUUUAUUUUGCAAUGAAAUUUGAAUCUGGAGCUCUUGCCUUGUGUCUGGAAUUUGAAGUUCUUCCUUCUAGGAUCCUAAGGGUCCAUUUGGAGAAACCCUCACAAUAUAUGGUUGAAAUGGCCUGGGUGGAAUCGAUAAAAAUGUCUGCAUGUCAGUUCCUGCUUGGAUCGGCCCAUAUCUUGAAGCAGCCAUUAUUUCAGCAUGCGUGUGAACUAGCAUUUAGUAUAUGUGACAGUGAUGAGAAGAAUUACAUUUUGAAGCAAGAGUUACAAGAUUCAAUUACAUUGGCAAUUCCAUACUUGAACGACGAAGAGAUUCAGAGGCUCUUUAGUUUAUUUGAUAUGGAUGAAGAUGGAAGGAUCAGCAAGGAUGAUUUUCUCACCUGUUUGCAAAAACAUCCAUUGCUCAUAGCGAUAUUUUCUCCUCGACUGUUGCAUCGAGGAUCGUCCAUAGCUGAAGAUAUUGUGGUCGAGGAGGUGGCAUAGCAUAUCAAUUUUUAUUUUAUUUUUUUUUAAAUUGUUAUUUUUUUUGUUGGUUUUUCAUAGUGAACGAAUUAUAUAGUUUAAAGAGGGGAGUCGGCAUGCAGAAACUCGAUAUCUAGCCUUAAAACAGUAAUUAUUUCGUCUCAAUGCUUUUUUCUGAAACUGUUUUUGAUUCCUUUAUGGACUAUGGUUGCUUAGUGCUCAAUCGAAUUGCUGUCAUUUUGAUA